AUGCCUACCACCGACGAUUCCUUCCGCGCUGAACUCCGAAAUACAAAAGUAUUGGAAGGCCCAUUUCCGAACCUAAAUUUCGACACUUUCCCCGAGACACCACAAGAUGCCUUCAAACAAUGGUUUCACGAAGCAGUGGAAGAAGGUGUAAAAGAGCCACAUGCCAUGACCCUUUCGACCGUGGAUUCGGAUGGCCAACCCGACGCACGAGUCCUGAUUCUCAAGAACGUCGAUUCUCGUGGCUGGCAUUUCGCAAUCAAGGCCAACAGCCCCAAAGGCAAGCAGUUGAUCAGCAAUGGAUACGCUGCGUUGACAUUUUACUGGCCUCAAGUCGCUCGACAAGUUCGGUUGAAAGGAAAAGCUGUUGCACUGCCAGAUGAGGAGAGUGCUUUGGACUACCAAGCUCGGCCUGUAGCAUCGCGGGCAAGCGCGGUCGCCUCAAAGCAAAUCGGGGGGGACCUUGAUCGUAGCUUGGCUGAAACUCAGGCAAAGCUAGCGGUGGAUCCCUUGCUUGGUAUGGAGAAGUGGCGGGUAUUCGCUGUUGCGCCACAGACGGUUGAGUUUUGGCAGGGUGAUGCUAGUCGGCUUCAUCAAAGACUGCAGUAUGUGUCUGAGGAUGAUGAUACUUGCUGGAAGAAACAUCUGCUUUGGCCAUGA